AAACGCCCAGUCGGAGCGUAACUGCAUCAAUACCUCUGUCGCCACUUUAAUACUUCAAAUUUACAACGCUGACAUUAGGUAUAAACAAAAUUCGAUGCCCGUGCGCCACGAUGGAACGUGGUAUUUAAUCUCGGCAAGAGAUAAUUAAACGCGAGAGAGCAUGUUGGUUGCCGGUCUGUCAGUGCGCGUCGCGUACACCACUAGAUAGCGGAAAGCGAAAGUAAUGGCGCAAAAAUAGAAGAGCAAGUGGCGGGUAACAGUUUCAAUAUAAAACGGCUCGGCUGUUGCAAACCGAUUUCGUUUUAAUACGACGCGUGGGUCGCGAUUGCUUUUACUUCGACCGACAUUUUGUGCCCAGAACAUUGGCAAAGCCAAGAACCGUGUCGACCGCCAACUGAAACCCGAAAGUCCAGCGCCGAUUCCACGGACGUUUUGCAUCGAGCUCCCACUUUGUUCACCGGAAGUGCUCGUGUGGCCAAUCCGCGUGACAAAUCGCUAGGGCCCGCGCGAAAUCCCUUAUCGAUCGUUAUAAAAGCGAGCGACCCAGGAUAUGUCGCCGAGAAUCGAUCCGAUACGCUGGUCGAACCUCGCCAGUAUCAGUUUCCGGAUCACGAGAAACUUCUCCGUAGCUGCAGCCUCCAUCAGAGGAUCAUCGAUCGAUCACUCGACGAAUCUUCGAUAUUUCGCGCCGGUCGAUGUAUUCGGUGGCAAACAGAGCAUAGCAAGAUUCGCGAUUUUGAGCCGUCGAACGAUUCCAAACGAGAUGCCACACGCAAUCGAUGCCUACUACCCGCGAGUGUCCACAUUGGUCUCCAACGUGGCGAAAAAUCUAUCUACCAACAACAAUUACGAAUAUAUAAGAAAGAUACCUUUGUUGAAUAGUUCGACAGAAUCUCUUCCUUCAAAAGUUUGUUCAUAUAUCGAAGAAUGCGCAUCCCUUUGCUGUCCAAAGGAUAUUUAUAUUUGCGAUGGAAGCGAUACAGAAUACGAGCAUCUAUUGAAUUUUCUGGAAAAGAAUGGGACCAUAUCGCCUUUACCAAAAUAUGAAAAUUGUUGGCUUGCUAGAACAAACCCGGCAGACGUAGCACGUGUCGAGAAACGCACGUUUAUCAGCACCGAAUGCAAACGCGAUACUAUUCCUAUACCGCGCGAAGGUGUUAUUGGAGAACUGGGUAACUGGAUUUCUCCGGGAGACAUGGACAAAGCCAUUCUUGAACGUUUCCCAGGAUGUAUGAAAGAUCGAACAAUGUACGUCAUUCCCUUUAGCAUGGGUCCAGUGGGUUCACCUUUCUCAAAAAUUGGAAUAGAGAUCACAGACUCCGCAUAUGUUGUUUGUUGUAUGAGAAUAAUGACAAGGAUAGGAAAAAAUAUCUUAGAAACGCUUGGCAAUGACGAUUUUGUCAAAUGUCUGCAUUCUGUCGGUGUUCCAAAAAGCGACUCAAAGGUUGAGAUUAAUUCUUCCUGGCCCUGUGAUCCUGAAAGGACCAUCAUCCUUCAUAGACCAGACAAAAAUGAGAUAGUUUCUUACGGCAGUGGUUACGGCGGAAAUUCUUUGCUUGGAAAAAAGUGUUUCGCCCUAAGAAUAGGCUCAACUAUUGCUAAGAAUGAAGGAUGGCUUGCGGAGCAUAUGCUUAUACUGGCUAUCACAGAUCCAAAAGGUAGAAAGCGUUACAUUACUGCAGCAUUCCCCAGUGCAUGCGGCAAGACAAACCUAGCCAUGCUGAAACCAACGUUACCAGGGUACAAGAUCGAGUGUGUAGGAGAUGAUAUCGCUUGGAUGAGAUUCGAUCAAGAGGGCAGACUUCGUGCCAUAAACCCAGAAAAUGGUUUCUUCGGCGUAGCUCCCGGAACCAAUUGUAUCACCAAUCCCAAUGCCAUGAAGACUAUCUUUAAGAAUACUAUUUUCACCAACGUGGCUGCUACCAGCGAUGGUGGAGUCUUCUGGGAGGGAAUGGAGGAAGAAAUCAGUGAUGAUGUUGAAAUCACCGAUUGGCGAGGCAAGAAGUGGACCAGAGGAUCCAAGACACCAGCAGCACAUCCGAAUUCCAGAUUCUGUACUCCAAUUAAAGAAUGUCCUGUUAUCGAUCCUGGUUGGGAAGAUCCAGCUGGUGUUCCCAUUGACGUUAUUAUUUUUGGAGGACGAAGACCAGAAGGCAUCCCUCUUGUAUAUCAAGCUAGAAAUUGGCAACACGGUGUCUUUAUUGGAGCUUCUAUGAGAUCUGAAGCUACCGCUGCAGCAGAACACACGGACAAGGUAAUCAUGCACGAUCCGUUCGCUAUGAGACCUUUCUUUGGCUACAAUUUCGGACACUAUCUCAAUCAUUGGUUGAGUAUGACCAAAGUGAAGAAUGCUAAGCUUCCAGCUAUAUUUCAUGUGAACUGGUUCAGGAAGAAUGCGGAUGGCCAAUAUCUAUGGCCAGGAUUCGGCGACAAUUCUCGCGUUUUGGAUUGGAUUCUUCGAAAAAUUGACGGUGAGAAUAUCGCAGUAGAUUCUACAGUAGGUCUGUUACCAAAGUCAGAGUCAUUCAAUUUGGAGAACUUGAGCAAGGACGUAAAUAUGGAGGAAUUGUUCAGUUUACCGAAAUCUUUCUGGGAGAAAGAAGUUAGGCAUCUUAGGGAAUAUUUCGAUAUGCAAGUAGGCGAUGAUUUACCUACAGAUAUUCGUGAAGAGCUUGAACUUCUUGCUUGUAACGUGGAUAAGCUUUAAUUGAAUCAUUUGGUUCCUAAUAUCGUAGUAAAGUUGAAUUAUAUUUUUUUAUUGAAAGGAUUUAUAAAGAUUGUAGGGAGUCUAGGAUUAAAAAUUUAGUCUCAAUUUGAACAGAAAUCGUGUUCAAUUUAAACUUUCAGUUAUUGAAAUUAAAACAUUAAAAAGCUGUUAAAAUGUUUUAUUAUAUUAAAAUCUGAACAUAGUAUUACGACGAUUUUUACUUGAACGUCGGUCGCAAUUGUUAUACUCAUUGAAACAUUCAAUGUGAUGUUUUAUUUCAAACAAAUACUCUUCCUUUUUAAUAUCGUGUUUUUAUUGUAAAGAAAUAUUUUUAUGACUGCUUAGUAUAGAUUUUUUGUGAGAGAUCGUAUGUGAGAAUAAUAGUAUGCAAUUCAGCAUUUAUGACAGAAGAAAAAUAUGUAUUUUCAAUAUUUUUUUUGAAUAAAAGAUUUAAGAAAUGAU